AUCUAGACUAUGUAAGACGUAUAGAGUGUAGAUUUCUUCAAACGUCUCUUAGUAAAGACCAUGCAAGGCGUAUAGAACGUGAAUUUCUUCAAAUAUUAUGCAAUACCGUAUCAAAUUUUGCUUCUCCAGAUGCUCCUAUUUGCAGGUUAGAAUUAAG